AUGUAAUCCAUGCGGCAUCACGAGCGUUUCGAGCUCUGGUGAUCAUGUCGUGCACCACAGAGUUGCGUGCCUUGAGCUUAUGGAGACGGGCUUCAAGAGGGCUGCGACUGAGCUCGCGGCACUCCUGCAAUGCCAUCACACCACGAGCAACGCCAACAUACAUGCAAAAUCGAUUAUUGCAUUUGGUACAGAGGUCGAGCCUGCCAGCAGUAUCACAAAAACCCCUGGUAUGUUCCCGACAUAACUUGCAGCAUCAUGUGCGCUUCAUAUCACGAGUUGCUGGCCAGAAGAAGCACCGUGCGUAUGUGGCCUUGGGUAGCAACAUGGGCGACAGGAUUGCUAUGAUCGAACAGGCGUGCAAAGAGAUGGAAAUCCGUGGCAAUAUCAAAGUGCUGCGAACGAGCAGUCUGUGGGAGACCAAGGCCAUGUACGUGGUUGACCAGGACAUGUUUGUGAAUGGUGCUUGUGAGAUUGAAACACCAUUGUCACCCAUGCAACUGCUGGACGAGCUGCAGGCAGUCGAGAAUAAGAUGGGGCGGAUCAAAGUCAUCGACAAAGGGCCCAGGAACAUCGACCUAGACAUCCUCCUUUACGAGGAUGUUGUAAUGAAAAAUGAGCGACUGCAGUUACCACACGCUCUGAUGCUAGAGAGAGAAUUUGUGCUGCGACCACUCUGCGAAUUGAUACCCAAGGAAAGCCUGCCUCACGACAAAGCUCUCCCAGCAGGUGCACUCCAAGAACAUCUGUCGAGUCUCCCUCAGUCAGACCAGCCAUUGUCACCUCUGACGCCACUUGCUCCUGGCCAGCCCAACAUCACAGCAUUCCAACCGACCCGAGAUACGCGGAUUAUGUCAAUCCUCAAUGUCACACCAGACUCGUUCUCUGACGGAGGCGAGAACUUUAACAAGGACGAGACCACCCUUGCGAACACAAUCAAAUCGCACAUCUCAGCAGGGGCCACUAUAUUAGACAUUGGCGGUCAAUCGACUAGGCCUGGCGCUGCCCAGGCCUCUGCGACGGACGAACUCGACCGCAUACUCCCCGCCGUCAACUUAAUCAAGCAACUACCUGAAGCCAAGAACAUGGCCAUCAGCAUCGACACGUACCGUGCCGAGGUGGCUGAAGAGUCCAUCAAGGCUGGCGCACACAUCAUCAACGAUGUGAGCGCUGGACUAAUGGACGAUAACAUGCUGACCACGAUGGGCAGGCUUGGCUGCGCAGUGUGUCUCAUGCAUAUGCGCGGAACGCCAGAGACCAUGAGUAAGCUCACGUCGUACCCGGAAGGCGUGAUCGAGGGCGUGGGUCGUGAGCUCCUUGAGCGUGUACGUGCUGCUGAGGCGGCAGGCGUUCGUCGCUGGCGCAUCAUUCUCGAUCCAGGUAUUGGCUUUGCAAAGACCCAAGAGCAGAACUUGGAGUUGCUUCGACGUUUGGACGAGCUAGUCAAGUAUCCUGGGUUAGAGGGCCUCCCGUGGCUGGUAGGCACCAGCAGGAAGGCGUUCAUUGGUAAAAUUACAGGUAUACAGGAGGCAAAGGAACGAACUUGGGGCACCGCAGCUGCAAUUACCGCAGCGAUCAAGGGCGGCUCUGAUAUUGUGAGAGUGCACGAUGUGGCUGAGAUGGGACAGGUUGCUAAGAUGGCUGAUGCUAUCUGGAGGGUGUAAAUGAUUUAUCCAGUUUCAAAUGCAGGCACCUGCUUAGAAGCAGAAUAAUACGAGUUACGGGAGC